GGUUGGAGGCGUGUUCUCUCCCCUCAUUGCAGGGUGUUUGGAUUUAUGGAGACUUGAAGUCAACAUAUGGCAUCAUGACUGUUUCCGUGUCAUAGAAAAAUCUGUACAGUAACCUCUUCCUGAGGAAUAUAGCCGCAAUGGUCGCCGUGAUAAGAGCAGUACCCAGUGCCGCUACCAGGGCGGCGAGUCUGUUGAGAACAGUACAGUACACCCACCCGCCCAAUUGUCCAUGCCACUCAAACCCAGGACACCAUCAUCACCAUGCGAAGCCUCAGGUAGAUAGGUAUGCACAGCACCAGUCGCAGCGGAGGUUUGCAUCGGUGCUGGACUCGUCUCAGCAGACAGAAUAUGCGUUCGAGAUGGCUGCAUCAUCGAUACGCUUUGGACCUGGAGUUACCAAGGAGGUCGGCAUGGACUUUAAGAACAUGGGCGCCAAGAAAGUCUGUGUCGUGACGGACUCUACUGUGAGGCAGUUAACUGCCAUGAAGCAAGUAGAGGAGGCCCUCACAGCUGAGGGUAUUGCAUAUGAGGUUUUCGAUAGAGUCAGGGUUGAGCCAAAGGACAGCUCGAUCAAGGAAGCUAUUGCUUUUGCCAAGCCAUACAGCCCGGAUGCCUUCCUGGCAGUUGGCGGUGGAUCGGUCAUCGAUACUGCCAAGCUCAUGAAUCUUUACACUGAGUACCCAGAGGCCGACUUCCUGGACUUUGUGAACGCUCCACUUGGCAAUGGACGUCCGAUUGAUAAAAAGCUCAAGCCUCUGAUUGCUGUCCCAACCACUGCCGGAACCGGAUCUGAGACAACUGGAACAGCAAUCUUCGACCUGGUGUCUAAGAGGGCAAAGACAGGUAUUGCGCAUCGUAAUUUGAAGCCGACGCUGGGGAUAUGCGAUCCUUUGAACACCAGAACCAUGCCAGCAGCCGUGAAGGCGUCUUCCGGUCUGGAUGUACUCUGCCACUCCCUCGAGUCAUGGACCGCCAUUCCAUACACCCAGAGAACACCAAGACCUACUAAUCCCAUCUUGAGACCUGCAUACCAAGGCGCAAACCCAAUCAGCGACAUCUUUUCGCUCAGCGCACUAAGAGCCACUGUCAAAUACCUUCCGCGGGCAGUCAGAGACCCGGAAGACUACGAAGCCCAGAGCGAAAUGCUUCUUGCUGCGACUCUAGCAGGCGUCGGGUUCGGUAACGCGGGCGUGCACCUGUGCCAUGGAAUGUCUUACCCGAUAUCAGGACAGAAUCCAGGUUACAAGCACAGUGGCUACGAGGUCGACACACCUAUCAUCCCCCACGGUGUUUCGGUUGCCGUAUCUGCGCCGGCUGUGUUCAGAUUCACUGCUGCUUCGAACCCGGAGCGCCACCUGCAAGCUGCCGAGGCUUUUGGUGUGGAUAUUUCAAAUGUCAAGCGCGAGGACGCCGGCGCAGUGCUGGCGGAUGCCAUCACAAAGUUCCUGGCGGAGCUUGGGGACCAACCGAAAGGAUUGAAAGAUUUAGGUUUUGACAAUAGCCAUAUCGAUGCGCUCGUCGAGGGCACAAUACCACAGGCCAGGGUGUUGAUGCUUGCGCCAGGUCUGCAGACGGAGUUAGAAAAGGAGAGAGAGCAGUUGAGAAAUUUGUUCGAGGCUGCCAUGACACAUUAAAUAGGCACAUGAACAGAUGGGUACAAUACACACAGUCACUUGAUGGUUUCUAGAAUCUGUGAAAUAUAUCACAUGUUACGAAUAUGAUCUGAUAAUAACGAA